UCGAUUGCACAAAAAGGAGCUACAUCCACCACAAUUUAAAUCAAACAACUAUACUAUCUUCUCCUUUCAUUUUUCAUUUCCACCUCACCCUUCAAUUGACCCACAUAUGCGUAAUUCUAAUUCAUUUUGUACAAAAUACUAUAUAGGAACUAAGGAAGGAUGUGUUAAAAUAAUGUUAAACCUUACAAGUACAAAUUAGUCAUUAGAUGUGAGGUUUGAAAGAUGCUGAACACCGCUAUUCCCACCGUUAAAAACUCGUUACGUCCAUUAUCUUUGGUAUUGGUUGAGAGCAUCCAUGCGAGUGAAAAGGUUAAACCUUAAAUGGAUACGUUGUUCAGGGUAGUAAGUUUGGAAGGCGAUCAAGAUGAAUCUUUGAACAACUCGACGACCACGAGUAGUUCUCAAUCCUCGAGACAAAACUAUCCCUACCCACAAGAAGACGAAGAAUGCUUAAAGUUUUUCAUGGAUGAAGAAGACCUCUCCUCGUCUUCUUCCAAGCACUACUAUCCCUAUCAAGCCUCCACCACCACCCCAGACCUCCCUUUGGAACUCUCCGGCAAGUGGGCCCACGACAUCCUGGUGGAGACCGCACGAGCCAUCGGCGACAAGAACACCACGCGCCUCCAACAACUGAUGUGGAUGCUAAACGAGUUGGCCUCCCCCUACGGCGACACCGACCAGAAACUGGCCUCGUACUUCCUCCAAGCCGUGUUCAGCCGCGUCACCCAAGCCGGAGAGCGAACCUACCGAACCCUAGCUUCGGCGUCGGAGAAAACAUGCUCGUUCGAAUCGACGCGGAGGACGGUGCUGAAGUUCCAAGAGGUGAGUCCCUGGACGACGUUCGGCCACGUGGCGUCCAAUGGCGCCAUCCUGGAAGCGUUGGAAGGCGAGCCAAAGCUUCACAUAGUUGACAUCAGCAACACCUAUUGCACUCAAUGGCCCACACUCUUCGAAGCCUUAGCAACUCGAAACGACGACACUCCGCACCUCCGUUUAACCUCCCUCGUCACCACCACCGGAACCUCCCUAUCCCUAAUGAACGAAAUCUCCGCCAGAAUGGAGAGAUUCGCCAGACUCAUGGGCGUGCCGUUCAAAUUCAACGUCGUUCACCACCAAGGUAAACUCUCCGAGUUCGAUUUUAGCGAGUUGGAUAUCAAAGAGGACGAGGCUUUGGCGAUAAACUGCGUCAACACGUUGCACUCGAUCGCCGCCGUCGGGGACCACCGCGACAGGGUGAUAGCCUCCUUGCGGAGGCUGCAACCGAGGAUCGUGACGGUGGUGGAGGAGGAGGCGGACUUGGACGUGGGAUUGGAGGGGUUUGAGUUUGUGAAAGGGUUUGAAGAGUGUUUGAGGUGGUUUAGGGUUUACUUUGAAGCGUUGGAUGAGAGUUUUCCGCGGACGAGCAACGAGAGGCUGAUGCUGGAGCGGGCGGCGGGGAGGGCGGUGGUGGACUUGGUGGCGUGCGCGGCGGCGGAGUCGGUGGAGCGGCGGGAGAGGGCGGCGCGGUGGACGCAAAGGAUGCAUGGAGGAGGGUUGAGUACGGUGGCGUUUAGUGAGGAGGUUUGUGAUGAUGUUAGGGCGUUGUUGAGGAGGUAUAAGGAGGGUUGGGCGAUGACACAGUGCUCCGACGCCGGAAUAUUCUUGUCGUGGAAGGAGCAGGCGGUGGUGUGGGCCAGUGCAUGGAGGCCCAAUUGACGUAGUAGAGUAGAGGAGAAUGACUUGACGUGAGUAAUGAGUUGUGUUGAGUUGAGGGUCUGCUUCCCACGUGCUCUCUGAUCUAUCAGCACGUGCCCUCAGCUCUUUUUUUCUUUCUUUUAAUUUCUUUUUGAAGCUGAUUAAUGGGGUUUUCUUGGUUCCAGUUUCGUCCGUACGUAAGACAGUGGGAUUAAUUGGAGGGUAUGAGGAUGAUAGGAGGAUGGGGAUUUGAAUGUAUUAUUCAAAAAGGAAUCAUCAACUAAAUUUAUUUUCAUUUUCAUUUUCA